AUGUCAGCUCCCGCCAAAUCACGGUGGGCGGACGACAGCCCCGAGGCAGAGGCAGAGGUUCAGCGCAGAAAGCAGGAGAAAGAAGCAAAGAAACGCGCAAAGGCAGAGAGACAGCGCCAGCUCGAGGCCGCACGACAGCAGUCGACAGCGCAGGAUAGCACCAGCGAUCAAGCCAGCGAUAUCCAAAAGGCAGAGAAUGGAAUUUAUGCCGGAUCUGAACCUCCGGCGAAACGACGACGGCUGUCCAACGAAGGCAUAGCUGAGCUGCCCGUCUCUGAACAAGAGCAACACCAACAACAACCUACGGCGAAACUGCUUCAGUUCCCAGCGCCAGAAUGGGGGCCCUGCAGACACAUAGACAACUUUGAGAAUCUAAAUGCGAUCGAAGAAGGGUCUUACGGAUGGGUGUCGCGGGCAAAGGAGACGAGGACCGGCGAAAUCGUGGCCAUCAAGAAGCUGAAGAUGGAGAAUUCGUACGAUGGAUUCCCCGUAACUGGACUCCGCGAAGUGCAGACCCUACUUGAAUCACGGCAUCCUCACAUAGUUCGACUCCGCGAGGUGGUUAUGGGAGAUACAAUGGACGACGUUUUCCUGGUCAUGGAUUUUAUCGAACACGAUCUCAAGUCCCUCCUCGACGAAAUGCGAGAACCUUUCCUGCCCUCCGAGAUAAAGACGGUGCUGCUGCAGGUUAUCAGUGCGGCGGAGUUUCUGCACUCGCGCUGGAUCAUGCACCGUGAUCUGAAGACGUCGAAUCUGCUGAUGAACAAUCGCGGAGAGAUCAAGCUUGCUGACUUUGGUAUGGCGAGGUAUUAUGGUGAUCCGCCGCCGAGAUUGACCCAGCUGGUGGUGACGCUGUGGUAUCGGGCGCCGGAGCUGCUGAUGGGUGCAGAUAAAUACGGCACGGAGAUAGAUAUGUGGAGUAUCGGGUGUAUAUUCGGGGAGUUGUUGACCAAGGAGCCUCUUCUACGCGGUAAAAACGAAGUAGGCCAGCUAUCAGAGAUAUUUGCCCUCACCGGCCCUCCAACCUCCCAUACAUGGCCGGGCUUCAGAUCCCUCCCCAAUGCAAAGUCACUCCGGCUCCCACCAACGUCGUCAGACACCUCUGGCCCUACAGUCCCGCUCCUACCACGCUCAAAGUUCCCCUACCUCACUACCGCCGGCCUUAGUCUGCUAUCUCACUUACUAGCUCUCAACCCGGCUGCCCGACCAACUGCAAAAUCAUGUCUAUCCCACCCCUAUUUCCGCGAAGACCCCAAGCCAAAGCCGAAAGAAAUGUUCCCCACGUUUCCGUCAAAGGCUAAUUUGGAGAAGAGACGGAAGCGGGAUACGCCUGAGGCGCCGAAGAGGGGGGAGGAAGCGGCGAGGUUGGACUUUGCGAAUGUGUUUGGCGGUGGAGGCAUGGAUGGCGGCUCGACGGAGUCGGGUGCUGGUUUUGCCUUGAGAUUAGGCUGA